UAUUUGUAUUUUUAGCAUUUCGAUUUUCGCUGUACAAUUUAGAGCCCUACAUUUUCAUUACCUUGCUUUGUGACAAGCUGGUAAUUUUAAAGGUAUUGGUUUGUGAGGAAAGAAAGGAACAUGAUGUACGGAACUGUCGAUUCUGAUCGACAACAAACGGGAUCUUUGAAACAAAGUAUCUACCAAUCUCAAAAACUCGCACUGCGAAAGCAGUGCUCCUACGUCCAGCAACAAAACUAUUACAACGGUCGUGCAAGGAACGAUUACGGCAACACUGCCACUGAUUGCCAUCGACGUACAGAUUGCUCACCAAGAAGAGACUACGAACGCUUCUGCAUUCCGGAGGAUAUAGAGUUACAGAAUCAGCCCUCAAGGAGAACAAUUGAUCGGUUUCCUCGUCCUCUAUCCCCAGUCUCAAGAGUCAUCAAUACUCCGAGUCCUCUUCCGAGGAGCUUGAGUCGUGGGAGCAGCAGAAGUUGUCAAAGCUCUUCCGCUGAUGACAGCGGACGCGAGGGAGGAGGUGCAUCGUCAAGUGGAAUUGGUCUCAGUAGCACCAACAGCAGCAGAAGAGCAAGCAGUUGCAGCAGUGGAACUGGUUGCAGCAGAAACACUUAUCAUUCAAACGUGCUCACAUUAGUAGGGAGCAGCGUUGGCAGCAUCAGCAGUCGUGAGGUCACAGAUUCAUCCGAACUUACUGUCCGAGACGUAACUCAACGACCAUCAUCAGAAAACGCAGAGGUUGCGUUCUAUAACGAAAGAAACCAGGAGCACCGGGAGUGUGAAUCUCAGUUGACCGAGAGAGCUCAGAGUAUGGAUUCAUUAGAAAACGAGCUCACUUGCCCGAUUUGUCUAGAUCUCUUUCAUGAGCCGAUACUUCUGCCAUGUGCGCAUAACCUAUGCGCAGGCUGUGUAGAGCAAUUUGUAUCAUCACACCGAACCUCGGGGGAUCAGAGUGGUUUCCGACCGACUUUCAAGUGCCCGACAUGCCGCGAAAUGAUCACUCUGGACUCGAGGGGUGCAAACGGUCUUCGCCGAAACCUGACCCUGCAGAACAUAGUUGACGGAUAUCGUCGAGCUGCUGCAAGUGUCUCGCCUCCUCAUAGAAACGAGUUUGACGUCAGCAGCGGAGAUGAGUCAAGCGCUUCGAACCUCUCCACACAAAGCGACGGUAGCUUGGGCCCAAGUCGCGGUCGACGACGAUCCCGCGUUGCCAAGGAAACUGACGGCCAGGACUACAGCCAGCUGACGUCACCAAUGCGUGAAGUUCGAGAAUCUGAGGACGUUGUCUCCUGUCAGUUCUGCGAGCUCGAACCACCCAGGCAAGCAGUGAAGACGUGCCUAACAUGCAGGGCUUACUACUGCGAAAGGUGUCUGCGUGUCACUCAUCCACGAAAGAAGCCUUUCAUCAACCACAAGCUGGUCCCAGCAAGCCCUGGGAACGCUGGUACCCUUUCUGCCAAAUCAAAAACUCUCAGUGCCGUAUAUUGCUUCCACCACGCACAGGAAAGCGCUGAUCUUUAUUGCCCAGUGUGCGACAUGGCCUUGUGUAAAGGUUGCAGUCUCAAGCCAGAGCACGAUCGCCACGGAAUUGAAUGCGUCACGGAAUGGUGCAGAAAGAAAAGGGAGGAAUUAGAAAUCCACGUGACUGGCUUGGCCAAUCAGAAAUCGGAAGUGCAGAGAAGCGUAACAAUACUGGUGGAGGCAUGCCAGCAAAUUGAGGCCACAGCUGAAUCCCAAGAAGCCAAACUACACACUGAAGUUGAAAGUCUCAUCCGUGUAAUAAAAGAAAGAGAGGCAACAAUCGUGGCAAGAAUCAAAGAUACAAAGGCCACGAGAUUGCGAAAGCUCACCCAGGAAGUGACGUCAUCACACCAGUGCCUUGAAAAUCUGGUCGGGGUUGAAAAUAUUGUGAAAGAUGUGAUUGGACAAGAGGAUAACUACGCCACGUUUAUGAAGAACUCCAAGAUCGCCCUAGACAGGAUCACCCAGAUAAACUCUCUUGCACAGAUGGCAAAACCGCCCAAUGGCGACAUCGAGUGCCCUGGGUUUUACCUCGAUUUCUCGCAAGAACGAAGCAUGCUGGAAAAGAUGAACAUGAUGGAAGCUCCUGCUGCACCAAAGAUCUGCGAAGAGUUAUGCACACAGUCACACGAUAAAGUGACUAUUCAAUGGAGAUCAACCGAUCAUCGACAUGUGGGUGCGUACGAACUCCAAUACGCCGUAGACAACAACAGGUCGCCCGACAACAACAGCAAACAAGAGGGCUGGAUGAUUGUACCCAACAUAAAGGAAUGUCAUUAUACGAUCAACGGUAUGCAGACAGGCACUCGUUACGUCUUCGCUGUCAAGGCAACGAACAAAGCGGGAUCAAGCAGAAGCGAGCAACUGUCGAUCAAAACCUUAGGAAUACCGUUCCAAUUCGAUGCACACUCCAUGCACAAGAAAUUGCGAUUGGCUAACCACAGCUACACCGUGUCACGUGAAGAAUCUGGAAAGAAGUCCAAGGACUUUUUAGGCAACAGCAGAGAUAGUACUGUUUGUGGGGUGACUGGAAACGUAGCUAUAGAUUCUGGUCGUCACUAUUGGGAGGUGGUGAUCUGUCAGAGUACUUCUUUCACAAUGGGAGUUUGCUACGCACAAGCAGCACGAUAUGACUGGAACGGCAAGAACUCAAUGAGCUGGUGUUUUUGCAGAACGAACGAUGAUUGGUUUGCUAGACACGAUAGUAAAGAUUCGCCAAUCAUAAUGCCAAGCCCGGAGCCAAAGAAAAUCGGUGUGCUGCUGGACUGCGAUUUGGGAACUGUGGCUUUCUUCGACGGAGCGAGUGGGCGGCUGCUGUACACGUUCUGUGUUAGUGGGUUUGAGCGACCUGUACGUCCUUGCUUCACCGUUGGAAAUAAAUCUUUGACCAUUAACACCGGCGUCACCGUUCCGGAUCAUUUGCAUCCAAUCGGAUGAGUCGCGCUUGCUGAAGCGCCCAAGAAACAUUAGAUAAAGUAACACUUUAUCUUUCGCACGCAGUUUUUUUGUGUUGUUCUUGUCAACAUAGUAUUUGUAGUAUUGUGCUUUAUUUAUUCCGUUUCACAUUCAAAUUAAACAGCAGUUGCUCUUAGUUAAGUAAUUGCUACUUUAAUCACGCUGCUGUAAUUUACUUUAUUUAAGUUCCCCGCUGUGUAGUUACCGCUAUCUGUCGUAUGUUUACCGUUGUCGUAUAUUUGCGCGUACAAUAUCGCUUGGUCGCUAUAUCUUUAACAUUAGAUUUCUAUGCAAGCUGGUCUUGUUUAAAAUGCGGCAGGACCCUUUCAUAGCUCGUUUACGCCGCCGCGUGGACGAAACACAGUAAUCAUUGCUAUUUGCAGUCAUCGUGUACUUUUUGCUUUCCAAUAAAAUUAUCGGUGCAAAAAUA